CACUGGUAUGGGUAAAGUGCCGAGCAUUUCCAGCGGAACCAGUAUUUUACUUUGAAAGAGGUGACCGGAAGUUUUCCUGGUAGUGUCCGGCUCUAAACCUCCAACCUGGGUUCACAUCAGCCACCGCUUUCGCAACACACGAGCGGCAAUGGCAUCGGUAACAUGGCUAAAUACGGGCUCAGAUUGCAGGUCAGGUGGGUGACGACAGGGAACGAGGUUUAGACCGAACGUUAGCUUGCUAGUUACGAGAAAGAGGAACAUAAAUCCCGGGGCUCGAAAGUUAGUUAACCGUGUGACUGCAGCCCGCAGGGAAGUUUCGUUUCUCUGUGAACUUUUCUCCAAUGUUUGUUCCUGAAAACGCCGACUGUUGUUGAUGAGAGGAAGCGGACACGACACUCCUAGUUACUGCGGUCGACUGCGCAGGAAGUUUUUAAUCCGCUUGUUGUUGUUGCUCGGUCCGAACAUCUGACGCACCGACUGAAGGACGGGCGGCACCGGGACAUGGCAGUUCAGUCUGCCGCCUUGUAUCGCUGUUAACAGCCUCCAUGGGUUGAUCCCCCCACUGUCUGAAGAUGAUCGGGUCACCGGACCUGCUGGCCUUCGCCGGCGCUGAGUGGUUAGGUGACGGGGAAGAAGACCGGGAGCCUCGGGGUCUACCUGAAGAGCUGUCCGUGCCCCUGCUGCCUCUCUCCCAUCGCUGGACCACUUCUGCCCAGUUUCACAGAGACUUCAUACUGGUGGCUGAAUUCUCAGAGCAGGUGGGUCCACAGCCUGUGCUGACAAUACCAGAUGACCCCAAAGUCAUCGGCUCCUUUGACCUCAACCACUUCUCUGUUCGCAUUAUGUCUGUGGACUACCAGGCUUCUGGCCCAGGUUACAGCCUUCCUGCCUCUCCCAUCCUUCCUGACUCCCCCAGCCGUCCUGCCUCCCCCGGUCCCCGGCUCAACUUCAGCGAGGACUCCAAAGUGAUCCUGGGAGAUUCAGCACAGGAUGCUUUUGCGUACGUUCACCACCUGACCCUCUAUGAUCUGGCGGCUCGGGGUAUGGUGCGUCCUUUCUGCAUGGCCUAUGUGUGUUCGGACCAGGCGAAGCUGAUGGAGAACUUCUCUGAGCUGUCUGCGAGCUUCUCUCAGGCAUCUGAGAGCCUCAAGACGGGAAACAGACAGGCAUUUUCUACAGAGCUACAGAGAAAACUACAAAAACUGAAGUACACACGGUUGAAUUUACUACAGGAAACAGAACAUCUGAGGAUGGCAAAUGGGCUCACAGAAGUUGAAGAAAAAGCCAGAGAGCUUGAAGCUGUAGAGUGUUCAAUCUCAACCCACAGAGAUCUCCUUCAUCAGGUCACAUCCUAUCCAAACAGGAAGCUCAAACAACCCGACUUCCUGCCCUACGACCUAGCCGAGCCCUUCACUGAUGCGACUGUGUUGCCCCCUGAGCCCUGUCCCUCCACCCCCACCUCCUACCACUCAGAGCACCACCUCAAGCCUCUGCAGGAGCUUUGCAAUCCCUACUUCUUCACCUUAAUGAAGGAGCAGCUUGCAGACACAGAGCAUCGUCUGCGUGGUGACAGGAGUGUACUGCGAACUGCUCGUAUUGUACAUUCGCUGUCCAGGAGGCUCAUGUUCACCAACUUCCUGUUUGAGCUGUGGAGUCCUGAGAACGAAGAGGAGGAGGAGGAGGAGAGAAAGAGCGCUGAGGCAGAGCUACAGAGGUCGACAAGGGGUAUGAGUGCUGUCGAGAUGUUUCAGUCAGAACCAAUGAGCCUGGAGUCGUUCUGCUCUUGUGUGGAGGAGAUCCCCAUCAAACUGGAGGCAGGAGAGGUUGCGACAGUGGCCUCUGACCCCAGUGUUGCCGUGGAGAUGACAGGAAGCGUGAGCAGCGGCGACAGCAUUGAAGUGCUUGGGACUGAGAAGUCUUACUGGAACCAGCAAGUCAUUGCUGGAUCUGACAGCAGAGAAACACCAGCUGGGAUGAUGGACACCUCUGUCAGGCGAGCACCAGUAGAUGCAGGUGGCAGGCAUGUGCGAGCAUACGCCAGACGAGCCAACAGUGAGGACAGCAUCGAGGUGCUGAGCACCACCGAGUCCAUUUGUCCUGACGACCUCACCGCCAUAACCGAGGAGGAAGCAGAGCAGCAGCCUCUGAGUAACGGCUUUGACAAUCAGGUGGAGACACUGACGGAGUGUACAUCUGAAAAUGGAGAAGUGGAGAAUGUGAAUGGAACUGUUUUAGGAAAUGAAAAUGUUCAGGAGGAAAAAGGCUGUGACACAGAAGAGUCCUCUAGACUAACAGUUAUCAAAGAGGAACCUGUCACUGAGCGUCUGAAGAAGAAUCAUGUCGAUGAAGACAACAGUCCUGAGGCGACACAAGUUGAAGAAGCAGUGGAAGUGACGCCUAACGGAUCUGGAGCCCACCAGCCGGUGCAGGCUGUGCCACACCUCCACAUGAAUUCUGCUCCGCUUGUAAUGGUGGAAGUUGAACAGCAGUCUCCGCCCUGCAUCCCUCUGAGGCUGCUGAGCAUUGACGAAGUGUCCGACUGCACCAGCUUCACCAGCUCGUCAGACCCGCCCUCUCCCACCCAGCUUAUCCACAGCACCACCUGUUUAGACAAGAGGAAGAGAAGGAAGGCUGCGCUCACAGCCCUCAGGUUCAUCAAACUCAACUCAUUCUCCCAGCAUGCUGUGUUCUGUCUCCUGAGCGGCCGGCCGCUGGUUGUCAUCGGAGACGAGAGUUUGGUUAGGAAGCUGGUGGAUGGUUUGAGUCUGUUCCUGCCUGCUCCUGGUCCUGAUGGAAACGCUGUGCUGCCAUGUUUGACCAUGCCACUUCAGCUGACCGACCUGCUCACCUGGAGACUGAUAGGAAUACAUAGAUCAGCCUCCAGCUCGUCUUCCGGCAUUAUUCUCUCUGUGGCUCGCUACAGUCGAUAUCUGGCCCUGCUGGACCUGGACCAGAGGACUCUGCGCUGUCCUACGUACUCGGGUUCUCUCAUCCGCAGACUGGCUGAUCCUCACACUGGCAUCAGCCGAGGCAUCACCUACCUGCUGCAUGUGCAGAGCUGCCUGACUCUGCUGACAAACCAGGCUCUGCUGUACACGUUUAACCCUGCUCUACAACGCCCAAACACCGCCGGAGGCGACGAUGGCACAGAAGAGGGUUUUUUAUUCAGACGAGGAUACUGCAGCAGUGAACAUGACAUGAGAGUGAUGAAUUUCCUGUCUGACCUCAUUAAACAGCGCCAUGCAGGACGUGGACCACCGGUUUUAAGGUUCUCUUACAGUUCAGCGCAUCUCCACCGAAAUACGUACGCAACAUAGAAUCUAAAAGACAAUGGACGAACAAAGUUAAAUACUUGAUACAAAAUGUAGUGAUCUCUCUAAAUUUGAUUCAGAUGAAGAACAUGUUUUUAGCUGCAGUGUUAAAUGUUAGUAUGUAUGUAUGGAUGGACGAUUCCUGCUCCAUCAUCCAGGUUAUUUAUCUAUGGAGCGCACAAACCGCAUUUCAUGUGAUAGUUUGCAACUCAGUAUUCAGUGAUAGUUGUCAGUAUACAUGGAGCCUAGGUAGCUACUUUGAGGCCCGUCUACAGGGUGGGUGAACGAUGGAGCCUAGAGUGCAACUCGCUAGGCUCCAUGUACUGAGCAGCAGUUGGAAAGCUUUCAGAACCUGCUUGAGAAACACUGGGUUUUUCAGAUUUCAUCAGCAGACUAUUUACAUAGUUCUGCCAGCACAUCCAGCAGAAGGCUAGGUAGCAAAAUGAACUGCUAACAGCUGAUUUGGUGUACUUAGUGUUCCAAAAUGUAAACAAAUAGGCGCCCACACUGUAUCCAUGGUGACAUUACAUGGUAAAAGUUUAAUGUGCUCAGAUUUUUCCUCUACAAGAAACAGUAAGUAUAAUGUAGCCAUAGAUACAACUUCAGCCUGUUUUUAACCUGUACACUUUGGACAUCUCAGUGUGCCGAAGUAGCCAUUAAUGGUUCACGUUUGCUUUGCACCACUGGAUAUACUGACAACUACAGUAUCACUGAAUUACUCCAAUAUAGAAUUCGUUAAGACUUGAGCUUCAGGCAAGUUCUGCAGCGUUCCAACCUGUGUUCUUGUAAUUACAAGAAAAAUAUCAUAAUCACGAGAUCUGGAUCUCGUCAUUCUGACUUGAAACCCAGAAUUCUGACUUUAAGGCAGAGGUGCGCCAGGCUGACACCCAAGAACUGGCUCAGAAUUCUAAGAUUACAGUCAGAAUGCUGAAGAAAUUCAGGAUUCUGAUUUUAUUCUCAGAACUCAGACUGUAAAACACACUGGAAGCAAGAUGUGAGCGGCGCGUUUUGACUUUGAACUCGUCAGAACAGCUGUCUGUCAGCAGAGGGACAGAGUCUUUACCAAGCCAAACAACAACACAAGUGUACUGGACAAAAGGUUCUCAUUUAAGAACAGUAGGAAGAAAUGGCGUUUUUAUGUAGCCUGUGGAUUUAUCCGUUUCCCCCCCACUUGUUAUGGAGGGAGAAAGUGAAACUCGAGCAGCCUGAUCAGUUGUAACAGAUACCACUAGAAAUAAAAAACAGGAUUUGUGAUUUUUAAACAGCCGACACAGCAGAGGGGGUAAAACUAUAGACGUGAAUCAUAAAGAGAACAAGGGUUUUAUAGUAUUUGUAGAAACAUGACAAGGAGCCCCAACUAGGCACUUUGUCACAAAUUAUAAAAUUAAGAAAUUACCUUAAAUUAAUUGAUACUUCAUUUUUUUAUAAACUUUGAAAUUAAACAGGAAAACUCAAUAUACUGUCAGGUUAAGGUAUUGAAGUAAAAAGCAUAGAGUCGUAUAAAUCUGGGCCUCAGAGUACUUCACAUCUGUAGUACAGAUACAAGUCUUGAGUAACUGUACUUUUGUUAGUGUUGCUUCCCAUCACUGUUCUAUUGCACAGUAGAUUCAGACCUCAGUCGAACCCCAGCAGGUUUCAGUUCAACCUCAUACAACGGUAACCAGUUUUUGUUCCUAGUGGUGGAAAGGAACUAUAUUUAUUUUUGAGAUACUUGUAAUUUUUAUGCCACUAGAUUCAUCUGACAGUUUAUCAAACAUAAAAGCCAUCAUGUGCUGUGACAGCUAAAGCUACCUAGCAGCAUCCUAAAGUAGUUCCAGUGAAGUAAUGGUUACACACAUUUGGUAUUUUAAGUAUAUUUUAAUGCCAACAUUUCUGUACUUGUAUGCAUGACCUUUACUUGUAGCAGAAUGGUUCUACACAGUGUUAUUGGUACUUUUACUUAAAUAAAAUAUCUGUGGAUGUUAUUGUUGCAGUGUUUUCAUAAUUCUAAACCGCAGCAGAUACAAAAACAGAGCA